UCCUCUUCUUCUUCUUUCUCUCUUCUUCUCUGUAUUCCUUUACUCUGCUCUGUCAAUGGGGUUACCAUUUUUACUUAUUUCAAUCCUUAUAAUCUCAUUUACAGAUCUAAGCACAAGUACACACAGCAAAAAUGAGGUAGUAGAAGAAGAUGAGUACUUGAGAUUAAAAUUAGUUCAUCGAAAUGAUCCAUAUCGAACACCACAAAAAACCCUUGUUUCAGAUUCACAUAGACUGUCAGUCCUAUUAUCAACACUACCAAAUCGAAAAGCACUAAAAAAUCCAGUCGUAUCAGGAGCAUCAAGUGGGUCGGGUCAGUAUUUUGUUUCAUUUCGGGUCGGAACACCACCACAGAAGAUUUUGUUAGUUGCUGAUACAGGUAGUGAUUUAGUUUGGGUAAAAUGUUCAGCUUGUAGAGAUUGUUCAAGACAUGAAAAGGGUACAUCAUUUUUUGCAAGACAUUCAUCUACAUUUGCACCAUUUCAUUGUUAUGAUAAAGCGUGUCAACUAGUACCUCAACCACCCAGAACCCACUGUAAUAAAACCCGAAUGCAUAGUACUUGCAGGUACCAAUAUUCAUAUGCAGAUGGAUCAAGAUCAAGUGGGUUUUUCGCUAGAGAAACAACAACAUUGCAAACAAGUUCAGGAAAAAACACUAAGCUUAAAAACUUGGCUUUUGGGUGUGGGUUUAAUAUUUCUGGGAAUAGUGUUUCCGGAGCUAGUUUUAAUGGUGCUCAUGGAGUAAUGGGUUUAGGACAAGGUCCUAUUUCAUUCUCAACACAAGUGGGUAAGAAAUUUGGAAACAAGUUUUCUUAUUGUUUGAUGGAUUAUACAAUAUCUCCACCACCAACUAGUUAUCUCAUACUUGGAAAAGCAAACACUAUCAAGAAAAUGAAUUUCACUCCAUUAUUAGCUAACCCAUUGUCACCAACAUUUUAUUACAUUGGAAUUCAAAGUGUUGAGGUAAAUGGUAAGAAGUUAGAUAUUGAUUCUUCUAUUUGGGAAUUUGAUGAUGAAGGUAAUGGAGGUACUAUAAUGGAUUCGGGAACUACAUUAACGUUUCUAGCUGAACCAGCUUAUAUAGAGAUAUUAAACGCGUUUGAUGAUGAAAUUAAGUACCCAAAAAUAUUUGAUCCAGCUUUAGGUUUUGAUUUAUGUAUAAAUGUAACAGGUGUGGAGAAAGUGAGUUUACCAUUACUGAGUUUUCGAUUCGUUGGUAACUCGGUGUUUAGUCCCCCAGUAACAAAUUACUUCAUUGAUGCUGCUGAUGAUAUUAUGUGCUUAGCAUUACAAUCAGUUACUUCUCCAUUAGGGUUUUCGGUAUUCGGUAAUCUUAUGCAACAAGGCUAUUUAUUUGAGUUCGAUAGAGAAGUUUCAAAACUCGGUUUUUCUCGACACGGUUGUGCUCACCCUUGAAGAUGAUGGUGGUGCUGAGUUUGUAUGGGACUAGAUCACUGAGUGAGUCAUUUCGUUUUUCUUGAUAUUUUUUAUUUUUUUAUUUAUAUAAUUUUAUUUUAUUUUUUGGAUCUAGGUAGACAAAUCUUUUUUUUCUUUAAUUGUUUUGUUUGAUCUUUCAUGGAGACAAUGAAAGAGAGGGAAAUAUGCUGUUCUUUUUUUUCUUUUUUCUUUUUUUUUUUUUUGGAGAGAAGAAGGGAUUUAGUGAUUAGUGUGUAAUAACUAUGUAAUUUGUGUAUUUGUCUCUUCUUAUUUUUCAUUUUAUUAUAUAACACCCAAAACAAAACAACAUUCUCAUUUGCUCAUGGAUUCACUCUUGAGGAGAUUCUAGAGAAAAAAGAUUGUAAAGAGAGGGAGGGAGGAGGAGGUUGUUGUUGGUGUUCGUGGGGUGUGAUUAAAUUGAUUGCUGUUUAUGACCCCAAAAAUCUCACCAACUAAAAAGCUAAACUGUAUGAUUUUCUUUUCAUGGAAGGAAGGGUUGGUUCUCUUUUCAGGUCUUCUUCUCCUUUUUCUUUUUUUGGGGUUCAUUAAUGAGAUGAGUGAGUUGUAAGAGUAGUAUUGAAUGUAGAAAUGGAUGAAUGUAACUGUAAAAGAUUUUUU